CUGGCACGGUAUCCGGACUCGGAGGCGGCGCCGCACAGAGCAACGCGGUGACGAGAUGGUGUCCAAGGUCUUCACGAGCUUCCUCUGCGUCUGCUGCUGGCUCCAUGGCGCGACGGUCGGCGUCGCGAUCGGCGAUGCGCUCGACCUGCAGCACUUCUUCCUCCUGAGCGUCGGCGUCUUCUUUGCGAUCACGGUCAUCUACCCGACGUCGCGCCGGCUCGCGGUCUCGGCCAUGUUUCUCGCGUGCGCCGUCUUCCUCUCGGCGCUCGUCAAGUCGCUCGCGUUCUUCCGGACGCCCAACCACCACAGCGCGCUGCCCGACGUCGGCCAUGACUUUUUGCCGUCGAUUCCGAUCCCGCCGAGCUUUCUCUUGCAGCUCGUGCUCGGCGCGACCGCGACCUUUGUGGCGCUGCAUCCCCUGCGCAGCAUUAUUCUGCGCCGGGUCCUUCUCAUCUACGCGGCGCUGCUCAUGGCGCGGACGCUCCUCGCGCUCAUGACGUUUCUGCCCGACUCGAACCCGACGUGUCUCGUCGAAGAGAAGAAUCCGAGCGCCCGCGAAGUCGUCCAGCACUUUCUACUCUCGCGCCGCAGCCUCGCCGAGUGGAUUCGGUCGCAAACCAACGUGAGCCUCGUGGCGUGCCGCGACACGAUCUACUGCGGCCACUCGACGCUCCUCAUCCUCUGUGGCAUGGUCUGGCACACGUACUACCACCGCGUCGAGAGCCCGGUCAAUUGGGUCAAGUCGAUUGUGUGGACGACCGCGAUCACCGCCAUGGUGAGCUCGCUCGCCCGCCGCGAGACGUAUACGCUGGACGCCGUCCUCUCAACGUACUUUGCCGUGACGGGCUGGGCGACAUACCAUCGGCUCGCCAACGACGUCUUGACCGGCCAGCGAUUCACGUGCGUCUGGCUCAUCGACAAGGUGAUCGUGUACCCGCUUGUCGAGUGGAUGGAAGAGGAGGAGCACGUGAAGAAGCCCCGCGAAGUGCGAUUGUACCGUCGUGACACUCAAGACCAAGGCGAGUCGCCGCCGCCCAAGAAGACCACCGCGACGUUCCGAACGAGCGAGUUUUAGAGGCAGGGCUCGUAGCGACGCCAUACUCCCUCUAAAGACACACAAGUGCUGCGAGUCUAC